AACGUUCCAGGAAGCUAGCUGCUCUGGGAAACGCCGGAAGAAGAAUCAACGAACCGAACAGCUAAGUUUGGUGUUUGGAAGUUGGAUCAUGGCGCUUGGAGACUGUUGGAAGCAGCUGUCCUGGUUUUACUACCAGUACCUCCUGGUGACAGCCCUGUAUAUGCUGGAGCCGUGGGAGAGGACCGUGUUCAAUUCCCUGCUGAUCUCUGUGGCUGCCAUGGCCGUCUACACCGGCUACGUUUUCAUGCCGCAACACAUCAUGGCUAUUCUCCACUACUUUGAAGUGGUCCAGUGACCCGGUUCCUCCUGAUGCCCGCCGGCUCAGCCCGUCCCCUCCGCCUGCUGUCCAUCCAUCUAAAAGUCUCUUCUCACCCCAUUUCAAACCAAACUGGAAUGCUGUGCUGGAGGCUGUUUAGGAAAAACCCUUCGACGCUGAAACUGUCCUUCCCCUCUCUGGGAGCUGACGUUUUACUGGGAGGUAAAGAGCUGUUUCAGAAGGUGUUCACUUUGUUCAUGGACUGAGCUUUCUUUGGUUUCUAUUCACAUCAAAAUGUUGUUGUGUAGUUUAAGCACUGGACAAUAAAUGAAAUACUAGAUGUUUAACUGGAUCCGUGUAACACUGUUGGAGCAGAGUCAGGUCUCUGAAGGGGCUUCAUCUAAGGUGGCUCCUUCCAUCGGUUUUCAUCUGUCAGGAAGCUGAAGCGUUCCACUAACUUUGAAAUAAAAACACAGCAUCAUUCCA